UCUGUCAAAACGGCAUCUAUAAUGUCACAGAAACGAGGAAAGUUUUCCGCCUGCUCUGCGCCUGGAAUUUGAUUUCGGAAGCGGUCGCGCGGGCGAGUGCAACAUGCAGACGGAUGUUCUGGUGCUGAUGUGCGUCUGGUUAGUGGAGGUGGGUGGGAGAUCGGUUCCUCCGAGGGGUCACAAGUUGGAGCCCUACAGAAAUUCCAGGGCAAGGAGAGAAACCGCAAGGGUGGACGCUGGGACUCACAAAUCCGGCAGUCCUAUCCUGAAAAGAAGUCCAGAUAUGACCAAAUCUGGCAUGACAAAAUCAGAACAGCUCCUCAGAAUAGAAGACCACGAUUUUACCAUGAGACCUGGGUUUGGAGGACCUGCAAUUCCAGUUGGGGUAGAUGUUCAAGUUGAGAGUCUUGAUACAAUUUCUGAAGUUGAUAUGGACUUCACCAUGACGCUGUAUAUACGGCACUACUGGAAGGAUGAGCGCCUGGCUUUCCCGAGCACCAACAACCAGAGCAUGACCUUCGACGGCCGGCUGGUGAGGAAGAUCUGGGUGCCGGACAUGUUCUUCGUGCACUCCAAGCGGUCCUUCAUCCAUGACACCACCACCGACAACGUCAUGCUGAGGGUGUAUCCUGAUGGCAAGGUGCUCUAUAGCUUAAGGGUCACAGUCACUGCCAUGUGCAACAUGGACCUGAGCCGUUUCCCGCUCGACACGCAGACCUGCUCGCUGGAAAUCGAGAGCUAUGCAUACACUGAUGACGACCUCAUGCUGUACUGGAAGAAAGGCAACGAGUCGCUUAAAACAGAUGACAGGAUCUCGCUGUCUCAGUUUCUGAUCCAGAAGUUCCACACCACCACCAAGCUGGCCUUCUACAGCAGCACAGGCUGGUACAAUCGUCUGUACAUCCACUUCACCCUGCGGCGCCACAUCUUCUUCUUCCUGCUGCAGACCUACUUCCCGGCCACCCUGAUGGUCAUGCUGUCCUGGGUCUCCUUCUGGAUCGACCGCCGCGCGGUACCCGCUAGGGUCCCAUUAGGUAUAACCACGGUCCUCACCAUGUCCACCAUCAUUACUGGGGUCAACGCCUCCAUGCCCAGGGUCUCCUACAUCAAAGCCGUGGACAUUUACCUCUGGGUCAGUUUUGUGUUCGUCUUUCUCUCGGUGAUAGAGUACGCCGCCGUCAACUACCUGACCACCGUGCAGGAGCGCAAAGAGAGGAAGCUAAGAGACCGGCUGCCUUGCACCUGCGGCCUCUCGCACCCGGGUCAGGUGAUGAUGAACACCAGCUUCAGCGACGUGGACAUCAACACCACGGGCAACUAUGGCAUGACAGACAGCACAGAAAGGCCAGAGAGGAUCCUGGCUCAGUUGGCCCUGGGGGACACUCGAACCACGGGCCAGGUGAAGAACUCCCGCUACGUGACCAUUUGGAUCGACACACAUGCCAUAGACAAGUACUCCCGGGUGAUCUUUCCUGGGGCCUACACCCUUUUCAACAUCAUCUAUUGGUCCAUCUACUCCUAACGGCUGCAUCCAUUGGGUGCUAAGCUAAGCCC